AUGGGACUUGAGGGGGUUGUUGCCCUCUCAGAUUCCCUUGCGCCACACAAUGUCCAGGACUCAAUACCUGCCUGGCUCUCCAACCAGCAGAUAUAUGAUCCAGUAUAUCGGCCUACGAAUCCUCUCAGCUGCAAGCGAGAUGUCGACUCAGAUAAUCUUCAAGGGCCCUGGAUCCCUAAUCUAGGAAGAUCCAAGCAAGACACCGAUCAAAGCAGCAUUGCUUCAGUUGACGACGACGUCAGUGUAAGCGACUCUGCGCAUGGAUCUUAUUCUUCCGAGGCCUCAUCUCAGACAUCAUGGACGUCCACAACGGCGUCCAGUGACACCUUCAUGGAUGAGGACGGCAAAGAGCAGCUGCCAAAUCUGACCAAAACCCACUCUCAUCCGGCGCUAGAAUGCCAGGAGCAGAUACCUGGAGGAAUACAAAACAACGAGCAGUCUGCCCUCGGAGCCGGUCGUGGAAAUUGUCCGAUCGACAAUGCAUUUCGAGGCCUUACCGGCGGCGUCUCCAAGUUUUGCCGACGAGCCUGCCCUGGCCGACCACAACAGCCACCUCAGACGAGUUCGAAGCCCUGGUUGUCAGAGGCCAGCUUAGAAACCACUGCGCAACACUGCCGUACUCGAAGAUCAGCAUGCUCAUUAACCAGAUCAUGCCCUCCGAAGCUCAAGCGGGACACGGACGUGACGGAGCAAUUUGUAGCGUUGCUCAUCAUUUUUGCGAAGAGACUCAUUACCGCGAUCUGGCCCUCCUCAGACUGCCCACCCAUGAACACAGAUUGCUUCGGUGCCGGCGUAUUGCCUCUUGAGACUUUCAUCCGGGAGACUCUUCGUCGCUCCAAGACCAGCUUCUCGACUUUACAAGUUGCCUUGUAUUACCUGAUUCUCUUAAAGGCCAGGAUGCCUCAAGGCCAAGUUGCGUCACGGUGCAGAGGCGACACAGCGGAACGAACUCAGUGUCGUGCCAUGCAGUGCGGGCGCCGAAUGUUUCUGUCGGCUCUUAUGCUGGCGUCCAAGUACCUGCAAGAUCGAAACUAUUCGGCUCGCGCCUGGAGCAAAAUUUCCGGCUUGCGGAGCAACGAAAUCAACGAGAACGAGCGGGAGUAUCUUGCAACGAUCAACUACGACCUCCACGUGCCCAAAGACACAUUCGAAAACUGGAGCAAGAUCGUCUUGGUCUUGAGCAAGCUGUCCACUGAGCGCCCCUGUUUCACACCUGGGCUUUUUGAUGCUCAUUUUGGCCCUCCUGGGGCCGGCCUCAAUACCACGUCACUCGCCGCCAUGGUCUCACAAGUAGAUUUGGACGAGAGUCUUCAAUUUGAUCAGCAGAUAUUUACGAGCCAGUGGUGGACGGGGAUACUUCAAAAACUGGAUCCUAGCAUCGUCAAGGAAUCACCACUCGUGGAUCGCUUCCUCCGCGCCAAUCUACCCAGUAACAAGCUGCAUAUCAUUGCAUCUCUGCCACAUUUGAGCAAGGAAGUCAACAGGCCGUUGGAUUACUCCUCAAGCUCGAACUCUGCUACGCCCGGAGAGGAUUUGAACUUUGGAGACCUGAACAAUGCACGCAAUCCCCAAGCGUCCGGCGUUCACGGCUCACAUACUCCCCAGACUCCUGUGCCGAUGAGUCCAGCCAGUGGUCUUCCAUUACCGAGUCGGCCACAGCUUGGAAAUCUGCCAACUCCACAAACCACACCUCGUCUGCAAUACCAGUUUACUGGCGAGAAAACCUGUUCGAGACCGUCGCUUCGUCUAGCUGCAUCGAUGGAUGCCAUGCGUAGCAGCCUGCGGAAGGAGUGCUUCCGCAAGGCAAGUCUGGAACGAUGUCCGCCCCCUCAUCCACAAGAUGUUGUUCUGCCAUCUCUGAAGCACCUGAUGCGUUCUGCAGAGACGAUUCAGGAAUUGCCGAGUAGAACUACAACUCCCUUAACAUCCUCACCGGCGUCGGUGUCAUCAGAUUCGACGUGCUCCACCUCCCGCUCUCGGUCGUCUUCGAUCUCAUCCGUCUCCUCGUGGUCUUCAUCCGGUCCGAUCAUGCCACACGUUCAGAGAAGGACCCCCUGUGGAUUUGGUUCCACGCUGUCUCGAGUUUGCUCGCUGCCUGACAGAUCCUACAAGCCACUUUCGACAGACCGUCCCAUGCCAAAUCGGGACUUCGGGGCCGAGGCGUGCUCUGUAUCAACGAGCGAUCAGACCCCGGCCUCGAUGCUUAGUGACGAAGAUCCCGUCGACGUUCUUCCCUGUCGGUCUCCCGGCGCUACUCCGACAAGUUCUGAAGUUGCUGCUAUACAUGGUCUGAUGUCGCUGUCAACACAGUCCGAGACCUCCAGUCAAAGUGUCACACCAACUCCCCAGCACCUUUCUGAGCAUGCCGUGACCCCGACUUCACAGCUCAAUGGACGGUCGAAACAUCACAAGAGAAAACAUUCCAAGACGGAGCCAACCCUCCAGGCCCAAGUAAGAAGCUUGGUCUGGGAUGGCUCGUGGUCCGUCAACAGCGAUGUCGUUGAAGAUCAUCUACUACCCAGUUAUGGCGCAGUCCAUCGGCAAUUGCAAGCCCCAACGUCGCUCCGGAGGGAAUCCAGAGUGCCAGUGCUGACCCCAAUGAACAACAAACGUCUUUGCUCCCUACAACACACGCCGUCAGCUCUUCAAUUGCCGGAACAACUCGAAAGCAACCUUCUGAUGUGUCGUUGA